AACAUGUUACGCUUGCCACUUCCGCCGCUUGUUUGGCUGGCAGUUUAAAAUGAGAUCGCUGCCAUAAAAGAGUGUUUUCUGUGCUUAAAUGGCAGGUUUACUAAAUGUAGAUACACGCUGUGGAACAAGAAGAGUCCUCUAGAGUGUAGCACGGAUUUAACUUCAGUCUCGCGGUACUGUACUAUGUUCAAAAAGAUGACUGAAUUUGGUCCAGAUUCCGGGGGGCGAGUUAAGGGAGUGACUAUUGUGAAGCCCAUUGUGUUUGGAAACGUUGCCCGCUACUUUGGGAAGAAGAGAGAGGAAGAUGGACACACACAUCAGUGGUCUGUCUACGUGAAGCCUUACAGAAACGAGGAUAUGUCAGCGUAUGUUAAGAAAAUCCAGUUCAAGCUACAUGAAAGCUAUGGUAACCCCCUUAGAGUGGUCACAAAGCCUCCAUAUGAGAUUACAGAGACGGGCUGGGGCGAGUUCGAGAUCAUCAUUAAGAUCUUCUUCAUUGACCCCAAUGAGAGACCUGUGACUCUGUACCAUUUGUUGAAGCUGUUCCAGUCAGACUCCAGUGCCAUGCCUAAGAAGACAGUAGUCUCUGAAUUCUAUGAUGAAAUGAUCUUCCAGGAUCCUACAGCCAUGAUGCAGCAGCUACUGACCACAUCAAGACAACUCACGCUGGGAGCAUACAAGCAUGAGACAGAGUUCAGUGAGCUGGAGCAGAGGACCAAGGAGAAAAUUGAAGCAGCGAAGAAGAGAACCAGCCAGGAGAUCGCAGAGCUGAAAGACAAAUUGAAAGCCAGCAGAGAAAACAUCAACCACCUGAAGGCAGAGAUCAGGAAACUGGAGGAGGAUGGAGACCACAAGGAGCACUGAGAAAUGGACAAACACAACACACACAUGAAUGUGAUGAUUCAGCUGGGUCAGGGUUAGGGUCAUCACUGAAAUAAACUGUUGUGAUCUGUUUUGUGGUAAAAUUUAAUGGUAAAAACCCCGUCAUUUUUUUCAUUUGAAGUUUCUUUAGACAUUUUUGUGUAUUAAAACCAGGCUCAACUUUGACCAUGAACCCCUUUUAGUAUUCAAUGUGAAUAGCUCAUUUGUUUUUUUUGCUGAUGCUGUCAUUUUCUAUGUAAAGUAAAUAUGUUUACAGUA